UAUUUGUAAUUCUUUCCUUCGUUGGAUACGUCUAUGGAAUGCCUACGAUGGCUGGUGGUUUGGGAGGUACGAUAAGUGGAGGCAUGGGACAUGGAGGAGGCAUGGGGCAUGGAGGAGACAUGGGACAUGGAGGAGGCAUGGGAUAUGGAGGAGGCAUGGGGUAUGGAGGAGGCAUGGGACAUGGAGGAGGCAUGCACAUGCCUCAACCUUAUGCCUUUGGGUAUACGGCUCCAAAUACCAUGAGUACCCACUACAGGAGCGAAGUCGGUGAUGGUAGUGGAAUGGUAAGAGGUUCUUAUGGCUACCAGGAUGCUCAGGGUCUCCAUCGACAGGUUGAUUAUGUGGCUGGACCUGGUAUAGGAUUCCAAGCAAAUGUGAAUACCAACGAACCCGGAACUAUAGGACAUCAAAAGGAACAACCAUCUCACGUAAUGAUGCAAGCUCAACCUUCACCUCCUGGAGUCCAAACGCACUUUGGAAGUGGCUUACAAUCUAUGAAGAUGAUGGCAGGAGGCAUGAAAAUGAUGGGAGGUGGCUAUGGAAUGGUUGGAGGAGACAAAUAUAUUAAAUAAGAAGAAUAAAAUACACAUACAAGACUAGAUUAAUUUAUAAUCUGCAAUAAAACACUAUAAGAAGAUAUCUUUUACAUAUUGGGGACAACUGCGGAACAGUAGGGUAUUCAAGUAUGGAGCAAUGUUUAUUCCUGUUAUUGACUGGUUGAGGUCAAAGCGUUAGAUAAUAGGUGUAUUGUUCUGAUUAUACGUAAUGAUUACAUAAACUUCUUUGUCUAUGAUACUCUUUUAUUUUUUAAGGUUACAGUUACUGGUUUGUUCAAUUUUUUAAAUUUUGAAUGCAACACUGAGAAAAAAGCUUGAUGAAAUUACCAUAUUGUAUGGUGAUAACCUUUCUGGUUAAAUUAAACCGUUCAUUUGGUAAUCUUUCCGUUCAUAAGAUAUCAUUUUACCGAAAAUUCUUGUUUCAAAGUUGUAAUUCCUUUUACCAGACAUUCAGUAAAAUAUAAAAAACUGAAAAGUAAAUUUAAUCGAAUGAAUGGUCUUUACGCCUUGCUCUAAAGUAUGAUAAAAUUACCAAAUUUUACCAUAUUCAUCAAAUUCAAUCGCAUAUUACCGUUAAACUAUAUUUUAGUGUAAAUUUUGCCAU